AUGGACACCGGGAAUUGGAGCCGGGUGACAGAGUUCAUCAUAUUGGGCUUUCCCCAGCUCCAGGGUGUCCAGAUUUACUUCUUCCUCCUCUUACUGUUCAUUUACCUCACCACCAUCCUGGGCAACCUGCUGAUAUUCCUGGUGGUCCGCCUGGACUCCAAGCUGCACACACCCAUGUACCAGUUUGUCAGCAUCCUGUCCUUACUGGAGCUUGGCUACACAGCCGCCACCAUCCCCAAGAUGCUGUCCAACUUGCUAAGUGAGAAGAAGACCAUUUCUUUCUCUGGGUGCCUCCUGCAGAUCUAUUUUUUUCACUCUCUUGGUGCUACUGAGUGCUACCUGCUCACAGCCAUGGCCUAUGACAGGUAUCUGGCCAUCUGCCGACCCCUGCACUACCCCACCCUCAUGACCUCGGCCCGCUGUGUCAGGAUCACUGUGUGCUGCUGGCUGGGAGGCCUGGCUGGCCCAGUGGUGGAAAUUUCCUUGGUCUCCCGCCUCCCGUUCUGUGGCCCCAAUCGCAUUCACCACAUCUUCUGUGAUUUCCCUCCUGUGUUGAGCUUGGCCUGUACUGACACAUCCAUCAAUGUGUUCGUGGACUUUGUCAUCAACUCCUGCAAGAUCCUGGCCACCUUCUUGUUGAUCCUCAGCUCCUACAUGAUGAUCCUGCGCUCAGUGCUGCGGGUGCCAUCAGCCGAGGGCAAGAAAAAGGCCUUCUCCACCUGCGCCUCGCACCUCACGGUGGUAGUCAUCUUCUACGGGAGCAUUCUCUUCAUGUACGUGCGAUUGAAGAAGAGCUACUCACUGGACUAUGACCGUGCCCUGGCAGUGGUCUACUCCGUGCUCACUCCCUUCCUCAACCCCUUCAUCUACAGCCUGCGCAACAAGGAGCUCAAAGAGGCUGUGAGGCGGCAGCUGGGGAGAGCAGGAGCGCUGAGGUGA